UUGUUGUGUUAUUUAUUGACAAUUAACUUGUGACUGAAUUUUGUGUCGUGUUUAUUUAUUUAUUCAACUUGUUUUAUAAAUUUAGUUGUUUCAUUUGAAUUUUUGUUUUAAAUAUUUGACGACGUCAUAGUUAAUAGAAAUGCCUGUCCUAGAAUCUUGUUGGUCGCCAUGUAUUUGGUCGAAUACAGUGAGAAGUGGCAGUUAUGCUGUUGCUGUUUACACGGCAGCAUUUUCUAUAGUUUUAAUAACAAUGAUUAGUUAUAUGCUAGCUGGAGGAGAUUCUACACAAUUAUACAGUCCUUUAUUUGAAACAGAUGUCCGUUAUUCCAUGCAAGUUGUGGGAGGUUUUUUUAUUUUUUACCUACUAUUAUUAUUACUUUUUUCUGGAUUACUUGUUAUUGGGAUACGAAAAGGAAAUCGUGGACUAAUGUUGCCAUGGAUGACUUCAUUUGCUUUGAUCAUAGCAUUCCAAUUAAUUUUUGGUUUGUGGCUUUUAGGAGGCUAUUACAUAUAUUUGGAUUCGGUGUAUGCAACACUUAUUGACUGGAUAUGGAUGGCAUAUAAUAUUUACUGUUGGUUAUGCGUUUACUCACAAUAUCAGAUAUUCAAAGCAAUGCAAUCGCCUAAUAUUGAACUACUGUGGCCUUAAAAGAAAAUCUAACAUGAUUGACUUCAAGUGUUCAUUUAUUAUAUGUCAAGAUAAAUAUUUUUUUUAUUUAUCAACU